AUGGAGAGAAUUUUCUUCGUUUUAGCUCUGACCAUAAGUGGUAAGUACAAGUGAUUUUGGCCUGAAAGUAGUCGUGCCUUCGUUUAGUAAUAAUGUUUUUAUAUUGACUAGUUAUAACUAUGUUAUUUAAAAAACAAUGUUAGCAGGGAAUUCCUGACAAGACGAAGAUGUAGACAAUGCACUUGUUUAGAUCGGGAAUUUUUUCCAUCAAACUUCGAAAACUCUUAACGAAACGAGAUAUCAAUGAGAGACAAUCCUAUAUGCAAAUUAAAACGCCGUUUCUGUUCCGUACUCUAUAAGUGUUUGUGACAAAAAGUCGACUUCAUGUUUUACUCCUUCUCAGCAAAAUCGUCAAAUUCAGUUUAAAAAUUAUGGCCUCUGUAAUUGCUUCAUAAGGUGGUCCGAAUUUUUGUGUGAACAGCUUGAAAUACUGGAAGCUCAAUGAAAUAUUGUCUACCAAUAGUUUUCUUACCCGUUUACUUCCAUACAAAUGAACGAUUUAUAAAUUCAUUUGGGAGAAGGGAAUUUUAUCUUAGAUCCAUUCAUGUUAUCUGCACCGAGUUUCGGGAAAAAUGAAUUACCUUUCAGAGGCAAAGGCUUUUCGAAGUGAUGGGCUCAGAUUAAAUAUUACGAAACGAGUGACUGUCUUCUAAAUCUUGCUCGGCAGAAAAAUGAACGGGUUAGAAUUUCAGCUUUUUUUCAUCAUAAGAGUAAACGGACACCACAUCACCCGUGUCCUAAUAAAUGAUGCUAUGGCUACCAACUGAGGGCGAUGAAUUUAUGGUUGUAAUUGCCAGUACGAAAUUCUGAUCGUAGGGCUUUGGUAUUGAAACGGCAAAUAGUCAGAGAGGGAUAAAUAAAUCCAUUUUAUAACUGUUAGUAAGUAGUUACAACUACAUAAAUGGCAACCUCGAACUGGAACACGAUUUUGAGUACUUUAAGGAUCUGAUUUAAUCAUAGGAUAUCAUUGAUCGUUUUUUCCAUUCUUAUAGAAGGCGGGGGCAAAUUCAUUCAGGUGAUAUGGUGUCCGACAAACGAAUCCUUCCAAAAAACCUUUUUUGUUUUUAAACAAAGUGUUAAACUUUACAGUUGACCAUUAGAAAUCAAGAAAUUGUAUUUUUACUUCACAAACGGGGCCAUUGGCGAGUGAUUUCAUGUUUUAUAAACAAUAUUGUACCUGCUUGUUUCAAAUCACUCUCCGUGACGUGAUGAUGCUGGCUCCUGACCUUUGCUGGUGAAAACCGAUUGAUAAGUCCGCUGACCAUAUUUUUAGCUUAGUGCCAUAAUUUGUGGCUAUUUUGAAUUGACUUCGUUUUCAUAUCUAGAAACUGAACUAAGAUGCAUUCGAUCUGUGAAAAAUCAUUUAUGAUAUGUUUUUGCCCGUAAGGUAGAGUAAGCCACUUCCUUUCAGAAAUGGAAAUACAUGUUUAAAUCUGCAGCCCUCAAAAACUGGAAAAACACAGUAUUUACAACAAAUAGUUCUCCGGCAGCUAGUCCAAGAGGGCUUACACAAACUAAAAAAUAAUGUGAUCAAUGCCACAUGGGUUUACUAGCUAAUUUUUAGCAAAGGUUUGAUAGUUAAUUUCUCGCUUUUUGAUAAUCUGACAUCGACUUCAUUUUUUGCAAUAAUAGUUCGAAAAGACUGAGUUGACAAGUCUCGUUAGACUUCUCUGGAAACAAAAAAAUUGCUAAUUUAGGUCAAAACGUUCGCAUUUGGGACUCUUCGAGCCCAGUACUUCUUGGAAAAUGUUGAUACUGUUAAUGUCUGCAUGCUUCAGAAAUUUACUGAAAGUCGUUCCCAAAACGUUAUAAUAGCUCUUGACGUCGCCUGUUUUAUCACAGGCAUGUAUUCUUUUUUAUAGUGUCUCAACACGAUUAGCUAUUAUUCGUAAAAUACCAAGAAAAUAUACUUGCCAAGCAUAAAAAUGUGAAAGGUUUUAACCCUUGGUUGUAAAAAAAAUGUUACUUUCUCUAUAGCUGGCAAGUCUCCCGGGCCCCUCUUUCUGUAUUUCAAGUUUUGGAUCUGUCCUUGUUAUCAGUCUUAGAUAUUAGUUUUCUUAGCCUGUUUGUGAAAGGUUAACGAUGGUUCUUACAUUUUCACAGGCGCACUUGCUUCAUGCAGACACCCCAAGCCCGGUCAGUUUAUGACCAAGAAAGAGAAUAUUCCCAGCAUUGUUAGUGCCGACUCCGCUGACAUGGCUCUUGACAGUGAGUACAACUGCUCCCCGUUAAUUUUUCUGCCGGUCCUAGCAAAAUGGGAGGCAUUGCCCAGUAGAGAAGUAGAAGGAGUAUCUUAAUUUAAAAAUAUGUGUUACAUCUGGAAAAAAAGAAGACGGAAAAAAAGACGAGUAAAGAUGAAUCUUAGCUUAACUGAAUGGUUCAGCCGUGCUGCACAUUUUUGCGGCGAACAACUUUCUUGGUCAUCAUAUUCAGCGCGCCUGCGAAACCCAGCGCGCGUCUUUUGAUGCGUCAAGUCAGUUUAUGUUCGUUCCCCUUUAAGUAAACUAAUAGAACUUUUAUUUACCACGAAUAAUUAAGGUGAAAGGUAUUAAGUUAUUCAUCGGAGAUUGAUAAAUUAUAUUUGUAAAGGUAAAGGUGAUUUUAACUAGGAAUCUCUUUUCUUUUCCAGAGCGUCUUGUAGCACACAUUCAAUUCAACGCUACCAAAGGAAACGUUGUGGAAGAUUCCUCUGGCUACGCCAACAACGGCUACAUGCAGGAUGGUGCUAUAGUGGUAAACUUUCCCAACAGUAAGUGUGGAAACGCUGCCUACACAUACUGUGGUGACAUCCUCUUCCAUGGUGAUACUUUCCAGGCCAAACCCAGAGAAGGAGUAACAGUGGCAGCAUUUAUCAACUUGAAGGAUAUUGAGGGCAGUCGAUCGGUGUUUGACACUAUUGGUAUUAGCCAUCAGUGCGGACAAUUCCACUUUGAAGUCAACUAUGGCUCAGUACGCUGGUUCCACAGGAACGAGACCCAACAUAUUAUCUUCAGUUGUACUGCUGAGGGAAAACAGGUCCAGAAAGGUAUGGGAAACCAGGGUUAUAAUGGUCUGACAGACAGAUUAAUAAGUGUGUUAAUUGUCUAGAACUAUUUGCUUCAGACAACUUAAGUGGGUAAAAAGCUAAAACUGGCCAAUAAAGCUUUUCAAUCAAGACGAUUUCUUCAUAUUUUGUACGUGCAAUCCUCAAGCGCUCCUGCUCGCCCUUGUCGGCCUCAUUUCUAAGGCUAGCCACGCGGCUCUUUUAUGUGACAAGAUCCCCAACGAGCAAGUGAAAAUGCAAAGAAUUAUUUGGAAAGCAGCUUAUAAUCCUACUAGAGCUACAAAGUAAACAGUGACGAAAUGACAUGCUUCAUUUUAGCAUUACAAUGUGCCUCAGAGUGCGACUUAGUGACGAGGUCCUAAAACACAAUAGUAAGAAACAUUCUAUAUCUAUCUCUUUUUUUUCCCAGAUAAAUGGACUCAUAUUGCUGGCACGUAUGAUUCUGCAACUGGUAAAUCCAAAAUUUAUGUCAACGGUGAGCUUCGAAACAUGACCAUUGGAGGUGGCCUUUUGUCUAGGGACUGGCUGGCACGCGCUGGAAUCGGUGACCAUAAGGCCGGACGCCCUCUCAUGGGAUUUAUCGAUGAGUUCAGAAUCUACAACUAUGCUCUGACCAAGGCUGAAAUCGAAACUCUUGCAAAAAUGUGUCUUCCAGGAGGUACUUUGUUGAGUGAUUAAUUUUGUUAUCUUUAUAAAGCAAUCCCUUAAAUGGUAGGUAUAAAAUCAAGUUCAAAGCCUUAGAUUUGUCUACCCAAAACAGACAACACUACGUCAUCGUCUAAUAUAAAAUUGAGUUGCCUAUUUCUCAUUAGCUCUAAACUUACUUUAAAGAUUGUUAUGUAUACACUGUUUCAGUCGAAAGGUAUCUAUUUCUGCCAAUGAACAGCGAUUUGGACUUAAAUUUAACACUUUUUCGAAGGUUUUUAAUACCAGAAUUGUUCCGAAAUAGGUCUAUCACAUUGAGAAGUGUAAUCCGUAAUAAUUUAAUUAUGGCAGAAAGCUUAAGUGUGCAUGAUUUAUUCUGGGAAUGCUAAGAACUAACACAGUGACAUAAACUGUUCUAAGAAUGCCGACUCUCACGUAUAACUCGAGGGAGACUAAUAAGCUCCUGUCGUUAAGUAAAAACUGCUUAUGAAUGAAGUGAACCAAUCAGUGGCAAAUUAAAAGAAAAAUCAACGAAUGACAAAAAACGAUUAUUGGUAAUCUUGAUGAUUUCGAUUUCAUUCUCUUGAAAUCCACUUUUGGACACUUUUUUAAAAUCAGGAGGUCGUAGAUAAAUGAUACAAAACGUGCCUUUUAGGACGUAAUUCUCUAGACAACUCCUUACAAGAUAAUUGAAAACUAACUCAUCUAACUAAUGAAAUAUAUAAAAAGGUGAAUAAAUAAAUGACUUGUAAUGUAAACCAUAUGGCUAGACUGGAUAACUUACUAAAUUAAAUUUGCAAUGAGGAAUAGUUAAUAACAGUUUUAAUCUUAAUUUGGGAUACCAAGUUGGUAAUGGGGACAAAGAAGAAGAUAGGGAAUCAUCAUGACUGCAAAAAGAGAUCUGGUAAUUACCUAAUACUUUCGUCUUGAAGUAAAGCAAGGAUGUUAUAAACGUUAACUAAAAACAAUAAACAGUUACUUUUUUAAGCUAUUUGCUUCAUUUAACUACCGAAGCCAAGAAAAAGAGCCCCAAUCCGAAAAGUGAUGGCAUCACUAUCGUGGACUUGAUGAUUGAUGGACAUUACGGAGGAGAGAAGUGAUUGGUUGAUCCACAUUCAUAUAGCAGUAUCUACCCAUCCGGCCAUCCAUCCAUCGACCCAUCCAUCCAUCCAUCCAUCCAUCCAUCCAUCCAUCCAUCCAUCCAUCCAUCCAUCCACCCAUCCAUCCAUCCAUCCAUCCAUCCAUCCAUCCAUCCAUCCAUCCAUCCAUCCAUCCAUCCAUCCAUCCAUCCAUCCAUCCAUCCAUCCAUCCAUCCAUCCAUCCAUCCAUCCAUCCAUCCAUCCAUCCAUCCAUCCAUCCAUCCAUCCAUCCAUCCAUCCAUCCAUCCAUCCAUCACCAUUCAUUCAUUCAUUCAUUCAUUCAUUCAUUCAUUCAUUCAUUCAUUCAUUCAUUCAUUCAUUCGUUCGUUCGUUCGUUCGUUCGUUCGUUCAUUCAUUCAUUCAUUCAUUCAUUGAUUCAUUGAUUCAUUCAUUCAUUCAUUCAUUCAUUCAUAGGUGGUGCCGUACAUCCAACGACACCGACCACCAAACCGCCUGGCUCGACGUCAGCCAAACCGUCUUCUACAACACCUGCCACUAACCCUUCAGUCACACCGACAAAACCGUCUGGCCCGACUUCGGCCAAAACAACUGCCACAAAACCCGCCACUAAGCCCUCAGUCACACCGACAAAGCCGUCUGGCCCGACUUCGGCCAAAACAACUGCCACAAAACCCGCUACUAAGCCCACAGUCACACCGACAAAACCGCCUGGCCCUACAAACGUGGGCCCAUUUGUUAGAAAGUUACACAAUUUUGAAGGGAAGAGUGGCUUCGUCAAGUCGCUGAAGAGACGAUUUAAUGAAGCCGUGUUAAAGAAAUCCUCUAUAACUGUGAAAGUGCCGUAAUCAGGGUUAAGACGAGACACCUUCACUUAUUUCAUCAUCGAAAACUAUUUAGUACUAGAAUUGUGCAAAAAGAGCUUGUAGAUUUGUUAACUUUCUUGGCGGAGAUCAAGGAACGAACUAGAAGUUCCUUCCAAGGAAUCACAAGUUUAGACUGACAAGACUGUCAAAGACUGACUUAAUAUCUUUUCAAAGAAAUUUCACGAAGGCAAUACACAAAACCAAUGAUUUUGAUGAUGCCAGUCAAAUAUUCUCUUCCACUAAAUGUUCAGUUUUCUUCUGUGUCUUCAAACUUCUCUGCAUUAAAGCGCUGUUGGGUGGAUGACUUCGUAUAUUGUUGGAAAAACGCGGUAUAAUAUAUAUUCAUUGAAGGAUUCCAAAUAGAUUCGCCGACAAAACUGCUAGCAUGCAAGAAUGUAUUAGUGUUACACAUGAUUGAUGCACUGUUGGACACAUGUUUACCAGUAUCUGUUUAUACUUGUAUUAGUUCAAUUAGAAGAAGACAAACGGCAAAAAGUUGUUGCUGGAAAUAUCUAUAAGUCGUAACUGUUCAUCAGUAGGAUGCCUGAAAUGUUUUGUUUUGCACAAAAAAUAGUCUAGGCUCUAUUAAAUCCUAUACCAAUUGUAGAAUAUUUUACGAGGAGCCCCCACAAUGUGAGUUCAGUUACUGAUCAAUUCAAAGGAAAAGCAAUGGCUUGAUAAGUUGAUAACGAACUAAAUGGACACGUCAAUUAAAUAAGUAAAAAAACACGUAAGCAUGAUAAAGAUAAUCAACAACCAAUUCAAGUGUAAGGCGUGCAUUAAUUUUCCUGAGUACUAUUUUGAAAAGGCUACGUUUGAUAACGAACUCAGCCUGUGGGAAAUACUUCCAAAGAGUUAUUUGGAUUUAAAAAUACUAAGAAUAAAUAUGAGCUACGUGUAAAGGUUAUUAUUGACGUUUACUUCUUUUUAUUUUUCUUAUCUAACGUGCUAAAGGCUUCUCUCUCAUAUUUACUUGUUGCAUCGUUCAAUCUAUUUGCCUAGUUCAAUUUUUAUUUGAUUAUAAUUCAUUACGGUACUUAAACAUGUAAAGAUAAAGGAAACUUAAUUAGUUUGAAGCAGUAAGGUUAAAAAUAUACGUGCCAUUGUUAGCUGUCAUUAUCAUAAAUCAAAUUAUUGUCAAUACGAGUAAUUUGAGUUAAAAAUGUAAUGUUAUCUUGGACGUUGUAAGGUAAUUAACUUGGAUCGUUUGGUGUGGUUUGUUCGUUUAAUCAGAUUUGUGUAGUUGUAGCCGUUCUUGAGCUUUGGCUUGUGGCCCGGUCAAUGCCGUACAAGAUAAGAACAAAGAACUAAAGGCCAUGGGCUUUGGGAUAUUUGUAGUUUUGGAUAAACACCUGUCAGUUGAGCCCAUUGAGGCUCAAUACCAAAACAGAAAAGACAGAAAGGCCUUGAUUGCCCGGUAAACUUACUUUGAUACUUCUGGCUUCUGAAAAUUGUAAAAGACAUCAAGUAUGGCAUUGAUACUGAGAAGGUGCCCGUUUUGAUAAUUAGAAAAACACUGAAUAUUUAAGAGGACGACAAAUUGUUAAACCGAGGACAGAGUACAACUGUGUGACAAAUGGCUGGUUCCAAGAUGAAGAAACUUUCUUCAUUUUGCAUUGGAACCGGAUAAAAAUUGACUAGAAAGGCAUUUCAAGAUGUCAUUGAAGAAUAAUCCUAGUAACUGAUCUGCGUUAUUGUUUUUUACAGGAGGUGGCGUAGCACCAACCACACAGCCGCCAACAAGUCGCCCAAGCUCAACUCCACCCGUUAUUCGUGACGCUGCUUCUGAUGUCGAAUUUGGUCCCGGAAACAGGAAACGACAGCGUGGCCCACAUGGCCCACGUGCUCUAGCAAACAACCUCAGGCUUCCUCAGGAAGAAUCUGUUGAAGAGGCAGUGCUAAAGAGAUCAUCCAUGCAAGGAUCACAUACCGUGAACGUGCAGUAAAAUUACUUUAACGGCACAGUUGUUGACGUCACUCAUCCCGUGAUGCUCCGAGUUUUGACUGGUGCGCAGAAAAUUUGAAGUUCUCUUGAAGUGUAACAUAAGAAUCGUGGGGGAGUGUUUUUAACACUAGCGCUAUUUCUUUUUUUGACAAAUACAUCAUCGCCAAUGAUUUUUUGCGUGUUACAUCACUUGUUUUCAAUAUCUCGUUGGGUAAGAUUGGUGGGUCACGUUAGCCUCCGUAGCAGCCUUUCUUUGGUCGUCACGCAACUCUCCUCCAUGUAGGGAGGAGGAUUGCGUGACGACACUAAAUACGGCUUGAUAGGAGACUAUGGUUAAGUAAGCGACGGCGACAGUUUUAUUUCCCAGCGGAAAUGACGCUCAACCUAUACCUUAUCAAUUAGAAGAAUGAAGAUUGACACAUUCCGGCCACGCAACUGUAUUUGACAGUUUAGUUUAAUGCCUUUUCUCAUAAAACAAUGUAUACAGUGAGU